AUUUUUUUAAAAGGGUAUUUCCGCUCUAAAUACAUUUACAUUUUAAGUGUUCUGCAUAAGUGGUUGGCGAGAGACUGACAACCAUGGCUGUGGAGAGCUUUGUCAGCAAAACGUUAGAAUUACUACAAGAGGAGAGAGAGGCAGAGAUUGAAGAAACCAGGUUAUGGCAGGAGAACGUUUCUUUAAAAGAGCUACAACGCAAAGGAGUUUGUCUGUUGAAACUUCACAUAGGGAGUCAGAAAACAGGCUUGUACGGGCGGCUUCUGGUAACAUUUGAACCAAGAAAAUAUGACUCGUCUGCUGUACUGUGCAGCAAUAGUUUUGGGCCAGGUGACAUAGUGGGUUUAUGUGAUUCAGAAGGAAUUGGUCCUUCCUCCCAGCUUGCCACUGGUGUUGUGACUCGUGUCACGCAGAGCUUCCUGUCAGUUGCCUUUGAUGAGUCCAGUGAUGGUUUGAGUCUGGACAACGAGGGCCCCUUCAAUCUGUUAAAGCUGGCCAAUGAUGUCACCUACAAGAGACUGAAAAAUGCUUUGAACUCCUUGAACCAGUAUAGUACUGGCCCAGCUUCUAAUCUGAUUGGGGUCCUGUUUGGCUAUUCAGAGCCAAGUCCCUGCCAGGAAACAAAAAUGCUAGACCUGUAUAACACCUCUCUGGAUGAGUCGCAGAAAGAAGCAGUUUGUUUUUCUUUGUCUCAGAAGGAACUGGCAAUAAUCCACGGCCCUCCUGGUACAGGGAAAACUACCACAGUGGUGGAGCUUAUACUGCAGGCCGUCAAACUGGGCCUAAAGGUUCUUUGCUGUGCCCCGUCUAAUGUUGCCGUGGACAACCUGGUUGAACGUUUAGCAAGAUUUAAAGCAAAAGUCCUACGUCUUGGCCACCCUGCUCGUCUUCUGGAAUCCAUUCAGAAAUAUUCUUUAGACGCGGUGCUGGCACACAGCGACAACACUCAGAUCAUCGCAGACAUCCGGAAAGACAUCGAUCAGGCUUUUGCCAAUGUGAAGAAGUCCCGUGACAAAGGAGACAGGAGCCACCUGCGCAGCGAGAUCAAGACCCUGCGGAGAGAGCUGAGGGGGCGUGAGGAGACGGCCAUCACGCAGAUUCUCAAGAGAGCGGAGGUAGUGCUGGCCACUAAUACAG